CCUGUUUGCCCGCGGUUUGCGCCGUUCCCCGCAGGGCAGGCAGCUCCUGGGGUAUUGUGUGUGUGCCCGGCACUAGAGCACUGUGUGAGAUACACCCCCACCCGCACCAAGACUUGGCCAAACUGCAGGCAACUCGAGGAAAGAAGCCAUGUCCACACCAAUGCAGUGAAAUGAGCCCAUGUGUGGCUCUGCAGCCUCUACUUCUGGUUACAGGGAGCUUGGUUCGUGCUGGGUCAGAGUGGCCGUUGUAACCCGGGCCGGCAGCCGAAGCCGCAACUAUGGAGAAUCCUUCACCCCCGGGCACACAGCGCCUCGACUGCUCCACAUGCCCGCUGCUGUUUCACACUCCGGACCAGAUGCAUUUCCAUCGCAAACACUUCCACCAAAGUUAUAGCCUGGAGCAAGAAACCGUGCUCGAACAUCCAGGCGAAUUACCUUCUAUCAACGUGCCUGAAGAAUUAGUUUCCAGUUCCCAUACCUUCAAGAACAAGACUUUCAAGAAACCAAAAACCUGCAACAUCUGCAAACAACUCAUCACCAGCAACCAAGGCCUUUCAUGCAGGGUUUGCAAGUAUGCAUGUCACAAGAAAUGUGAGUCAAAGGUAGUCACGCCAUGUUUGCCACCAGUCAACUAUGAGCUGCCCGAUAACUCUGAUGCAUUUCUAAGUCAUGUAAACAAUCCGGGGUCAAAUAAUUUUCCGAAGAAUUCCUCUUUCAGUCAUAACUCAUCUCCGAGUGUGGAAUCAGGUCACAUAAUGGAGGAGGGUUAUGAGCUUGAUCUGACUUACAUUACGGAGCGCAUCAUCGCAGUAUCUUUUCCUGCUGGCUGUUCAGAAGAAACCUACUUCCAUAAUCUACAGGAUGUAACACGGAUGUUGAAAUCCAAACAUGGAGAUAAUUAUUUGGUGUUUAAUCUUUCUGAAAGGAGGUAUGACCUGUCCAAACUGAACUCCAAGGUGAUGGAUGUAGGUUGGCCUGACCUCCAUGCGCCACCUCUGGAUAAGAUGUGUACGAUAUGCAAAGCGAUGGAGACAUGGCUAAACAAUGACCCACUUCAUGUGGUGGUUAUUCAUUGCAGGGGAGGUAAAGGAAGAAUAGGAGUGGUUAUAUCAUCGUAUAUGCACUUCACCAAUAUAUCUGCAAGUGCUGAUCAAGCCCUUGACAGGUUUGCAAUGAAGAAAUUCUACGAUGAUAAAGUUUCUGCCUUAAUGCAACCAUCACAGAAACGGUAUGCCCAUUUUUUAAAUGGUCUGCUGUCUGGUUCAGUGAAAAUGAACGCCACUCCAUUGUUUCUGCACUUUGUCAUUUUGCAUGGCAUUCCCAGUUUUGAUACUGGCGGAGUUUGCCGCCCAUUUUUAAAGAUUUACCAAGCAAUGCAACCAGUCUACACUUCAGGCAUCUACAAUGUUGGGGCUGAAAACCAAAGCAGAAUAUGCAUUUCGAUAGAGCCAGCACAACUUCUUAAAGGUGAUAUAAUGGUUAAGUGCUACCACAAGAAGUAUCGUUCAGCGACAAGAGAUGUCAUCUUCCGGCUUCAGUUUCACACUGGCUCCAUUCAGGGCUUUGGGUUUGUGUUUGGGAAAGAGGACCUAGACAAUGCCAACAAAGAUGACCGGUUUCCCGAAUUCGGCAAGAUUGAGCUUGUGUUCUCAGCCAGUCCUGAGAAAAUACAGGGUUCUGAGCAUCUCCAGAACGAUCAUGGAGUAAUUGUGGAUUAUAACACUGCUGACCCAUUGAUACGCUGGGACUCCUAUGAAACUCUGACUGCUGAUGGGGAAGUGUCACAUACGCAAGGCCCAAUUGAUGGAAGCCUAUAUGCCAAAGUGCGAAAGAAAAGCUCCUCUGAGGGUAACAUUCCCAUUGGUGGUGCUCCUGUAACAACUGGCCCUGAACAGAUUGAACAUACACUGUCAGUCAGCAGUGACUCUGGAAACUCCACCGCCUCCAUAAGAACAGACCGAACAGAGGAACACUUGCCACCAGCCAUUAAACGAGGGCUAAGCCUGCAGGAGAAAGCCGAGUUGGACAGGCUUUUGAGUGGAUUUGGGCUGGAGAAUUCAGUGCAGCUGAAGGAUAUGACUGAUACCAAAGUGAAAUACAGUGGAGUACGUCACAUCGUCCCAGUUCAGGUUCAUGUGAACGGUGAACUGAAGGCAAAGGACAGGGAGACGGACAUUUUAGACGAUGAAAUGCCAAAUCACGAUCUGCACAGUGUGGACAGCAUAGGGACUCUUUCCUCCUCAGAAGGUCAACCGUCAAACAACCUGGGGAACUUCAGCUUUCACAAGAGCAGUCAGAACUCUCUGCUGUCGGAUGGAUUUGGAAGCAACACUGGUGAUGACCUCCACAAUGUUGUUGUACCAGACCUUGGUAUUGGGACAGAAACCGGGUAUGACAGAACAUUUGUAGGAGUUACCGAGGGAAAAAAUGUCUUACAACAGCCCAGAAACCCAUCACUGCCAACACAGCCACAAGUUUAUAAUCAGAGUAACUAUUCUACUCAAACCUGGGUUCGGCAACAGCAGAUGGUUGCUGCUCAGCCGUAUGUCUAUCCAGCAGAAAAUGAUUUGAGGUUUGCAAUGGUGGGCACCGGAGAGGAUCCCAACAGAACACAAAUAGCAUCCAAACUUCCGAAUGCUCCAACACGAGGGUCCAGCAGUAGGGAUGCUGUGCAGCGAGGGCUUAGUACAUUGUCAGGGGACAGUAAGCCACAAGAUCACCAACGCUCAGAUGCCUUGUUUGAGCACGAGAAACAACCUUGCAAGCCAUCUGAGACUGAUCAGGCCGCUGAAGGAACAAGGCCAGGAUCUGAGGAACAAGACUUGUCAUCUUCCCCAACGUUGGAUAUUGAUCAGUCAAUUGAACAACUCAAUAAACUGAUCAUGGAUCUAGAUCCCACGUUUGUGCCAAUUCCUACACGUGUGAACUCUGUAAAGAAAGGCUCCCUUAGCAAGAAGGAUGUCGCCCUGCAAGGAAGCAACGGUGUGAAUUCAGGGUCAGAGGAACAAACCCCAAGAGUUUCAGGAAGUGACAGCCAACAAGGUCAACAGGCGAGCAAAAAUCACCUAACAUUGGGAAGGACAAGGCAACUGAGUGUAGGACAAUAUGAACAAGGUGAAGCUCAUCUGCUCUUUGACCAGAGUGGAUGGAUCAAAUCCUCUGACUCUUCCCACUCCAAUGGAUUAUUCACCUCAACUGGCCAGUCUGGGGAGCUGAACAAAGAAUGUAACGUUGGCCAGGAUAAGAUGGAUGGUGGACUGUUAAUCUUGUCCUCCCUGAAUGAAGUUCCACCUCCCACGCCAGCAUUCCCAGUCUCACCCCCAACUCCGUAUGUCAAAGUCUCUCAGAAUUAUUCGGCGGUCUCUGUGUUUGGAGUUGGAGAAUCUAGCAGCAGCCCUUCUGAUGUCUUCAGAAAUGCUCAUGAAACCCGAAGCUGCAUGGAAGGCAUUCAUCGUUCCAGAGUGGGCUCAGACAAUGCAGCAGUGAGCAGCAUUCUGUUUCACACCGAUUCGCCAACAACUAAUACGCCUUUCCAGCGAUCGUUUAGCUCAGGGUGUUCGAUCUCCAACAGCCAAGUGCCCAGGACAGACAGCCCACUUGCCUGGUUGGAGAAUACCCAGAAAGGAGCGUUUUCUCCUCAGCCAUCUGUAACUGGGAUUAGUAGGUCAACAGGGAGUUACCUUGGCACCUCAGUGUUUUCUGGUAUCUCUGGAAGUCCACACCAGGAGAACUCCGCCUCACCACACUUGCCUUCUCCGGGAUCGCAAGUUGUCUCUUCCAACAACCACUCGAUUCGUCUGAAUGUUUCGGAGAGUCUCACUGCCAACCUGCACCAGGGCAGCACUGGAGCAGCCUCUCCAAUGCCUGUAGAUUCCAGCAGCCUGAACUACGGUGUCAACAGCGGACCUAGCAAUGGAAAACAAGACAUUUUACUGAGUUAUCCUGCCGGAUCAAGCAACACUGCCUUGAACAUGAACUUCCCUGCCGCUAUCCUCCCAGGUAUCGGUGGCCUGCAGGAGGGAGUGCAUGCAGCAGCUAACAGGCAGGCGCCAAAUAGUGCCCCCCUGAUGCGUGAUGUUUUGAGUAUGAAUGUCCAUCCCCCAUUGCCGGAAAAGAAACGGAUUUCCGAGGGAGAUCAUUCAUUUGCCACCAUCUCACCGGCUUCAAGUGGCUUUUCAAGUCCCCACAGUGGAAGUACGAUCAGCAUUCCCUUUCCCAGCAUCCUUCCUGACUUUUCCAAAGUUAUAAGUACUACCUCUGUUGUCCACGUUACAGAUGUAAGUUCUCCAUUUGAUAAACAUGUGACGGUAAAAUUUGUACAAGACACGUCCAAGUUUUGGUAUAAGCCAGAGAUAUCACGUGAACAAGGUGAGCAGGAGCCAUAUUUUGGUUUUAUGAAAAAUCUUUCGAAUUAUCAUGGACGACCCUAAAAAUAUCCUGACAGU